AUGGAAGACUUAUCUGAAACAUUCGAUAUAUAUGCAAUAUGUGCAUGUUGUAAAGUUCUGAACGAUGAUGAAAAGGUUAGAUGCUUUAAUAAUAAAACGUUUAAGGGAAUUGGAAAUGCGGGGGUGUUACCUUGGAAAUGUAAUUUAAUCGAUAUGAAAUAUUUUAGUUCUGUAACAUCAUAUAUAAAUGAAAAUAAUUAUAUAAGAUUGAAAUGGAAAAGAGAUAAAUAUAUGGAAAAACAUAAUUUAAAAAAUAAUGUAGAACUAAAUACUAAUAUAAUUUCUUCAACUAAUAAUUUACAAAAUAUUGUAGUAAUGGGAAAAAAAAGUUGGGAAAGUAUUCCCAAAAAAUUUAAACCUUUACAAAAUCGAAUAAACAUUAUUUUGUCUAGAACUUUGAAAAAAGAAGAUAUUGUAAACGAAAAUAAUAAUGAAAAUAAUAAUGUUAUUAUAAUUAAAAGUGUAGAUGAUUUAUUUCCUAUUUUAAAAUGCACAAAAUAUUACAAAUGUUUUAUUAUAGGGGGUUCGUCUGUUUAUAAAGAAUUUUUAGAUCGUAAUUUAAUAAAAAAAAUAUAUUUUACAAGAAUAAAUAAUUCUUAUAAUUGUGAUGUUUUAUUCCCAGAAAUAAACGAAAAUUUGUUUAAAAUAACUUCAAUAAGUGAUGUAUAUAAUAGUAACAACACAACUUUAGAUUUUAUAAUUUAUAGUAAGACAAAAGAAAUAAAUCCAAAUGAGGAAGUACCUAAUAAUACAUUUUUAGGUGUAUGUGAUGAACAAAAUAAAGCCUUUGAUGAUGAAGACGAUUAUACAUAUUUCAGUUUCAAUAAAAAUAAAGAAAAUAUUAAAAAAAAUUCUGAACAUGCUCAUAAUUUUAAAAUAUAUAAUAGCAUAAAAUAUAAAAAUCAUCCUGAAUAUCAAUAUUUAAAUAUUAUAUAUGAUAUAAUAAUGCAUGGAAAUAAACAAGAUGAUAGAACAGGUGUUGGUGUGUUAAGUAAAUUUGGAUAUAUGAUGAAAUUUAAUUUAAAUGAAUAUUUUCCAUUAUUAACAACAAAAAAAUUAUUUAUAAGAGGUAUUAUCGAAGAAUUAUUGUGGUUUAUAAGAGGGGAAACAAAUGGAAAUACUUUGUUAGAAAAAAACGUAAGAAUAUGGGAAGCUAAUGGAACAAGGGAAUUUUUAGAUAAUAGAAAAUUAUUUCAUAGAGAAGUUAAUGAUCUCGGUCCAAUUUAUGGAUUUCAAUGGAGGCAUUUUGGUGCUGAAUAUACAGAUAUGCAUGAUAAUUAUAAAGACAAAGGAGUUGAUCAAUUAAAAAAUAUUAUAAAUUUAAUUAAAAAUGAUCCUACUUGUAGACGAAUUAUUUUGUGUGCAUGGAAUGUAAAAGAUUUAGAUCAAAUGGCAUUACCUCCUUGUCAUAUUUUAUGUCAAUUUUAUGUUUUUGACGGAAAAUUAUCAUGUAUUAUGUAUCAAAGAUCUUGUGAUUUAGGGCUUGGGGUUCCAUUCAAUAUUGCUUCCUAUUCUAUAUUUACAUAUAUGAUAGCACAAGUAUGUAACUUACAGGCAGCUGAAUUUAUACAUGUAUUGGGUAAUGCUCAUGUUUAUAAUAAUCAUAUUGAAAGCUUAAAGAUUCAGUUAAAUAGAACUCCUUACCCUUUUCCUACUCUUAAAUUAAAUCCUGACAUUAAAAAUAUCGAGGAUUUUACAAUUUCUGAUUUUACUGUUCAAAAUUAUGUUCAUCACGAUAAAAUAAAUAUGGAUAUGGCAGCUUAA